UUCCUUACUUAGUGUUUUGGGGAUGUGGGUGGAGAAGGGUCACAGUCCACACUGAGUGAGACCCCCCUGCUCCCUGCCCCUGUCCUCUCUGAGCUCCAGCAUGGUGUGUCUGCGGUUCCCUGGAGGCUCCUGGAUGGCCGCUCUGACAGUGACGCUGAUGGCACUGAGCCCUCCCCUGGCUCUGGCCAGGGACACUCCACCAAAUUUCCUGGAGCAGUUUAAGUACGAGUGUCAGUUCUCCAACGGGACGGAGCGGGUGCGGUACCUGUUCAGAGACAUCUACAAUGGAGAGGAGUUCGUGCGCUUCGACAGUGAUGUGGGGGAGUUCCGCGCGGUGACCGAACUGGGGAAGCCUGAUGAGAAGGACUGGAACAGCCAGAAGGACAGCCUGGAGCGGAUGCGGGCCCAGGUGGACACACUCUGCAGACACAACUACAGGUUGUUUGAGGGAUUCCUGGUGCCUCGGCAAACUGAGCCCACAGUGACCGUGUAUCCUGCAAAGGCCCAGCGCCUGCAGCACCACAACCUCCUGGUCUGCUCCGUGAACGGCUUCUAUCCGGGCGGCAUUGAGGUCCACUGGCUGCGCAACGGCCAGGAAGAGGAGGCCGGGGUGGUGUCCACGGGCCUGAUCCGGAACGGGGACUGGACCUUCCAGACCCUGGUGAUGCUGGAGACAGUUCCCCGGAGCGGGGAGGUCUACACCUGCCAAGUGCGGCACCCCAGCAGCACCCGCCCUGUCACUGUGGAAUGGAGGGCCCAGUCUGGAUCCGCACAGAGCAAGGUGCUGAGUGGAGCCGGGGGCUUCGUGCUGGGGCUGCUCUUCCUCGGGGCGGGGCUGCUCAUCUACUUCAGGGCUCAGAAAGGACACUCUGGACUUCAGCCCACAGGACUCCUGAGCUGAGGUGGCCAUGGCGACAGGGGCAGGAGAGAACCUUCUGUCCAGCCUCUUGGCAGCCUGAAGAGGUUUCCUGCUGGGCUCUCACUCCACAAGGAGAGCCGCCUCGGGCUCUGGCCCAAGCUGUUAAAACAGCUCCUUCUCCGUACAUCGCAGCCUCUUCCAGGAAGCCUUCCUUGGUGAAGCUACAGCCCCUGCACCAGAUCGCUUGGGGGCGAUGGGAGUGUCUUUUAUUCUGUGCUUUUACCGGUCACUGGAUACAAGCUGCCCCAGUCAAUGGGGUGACCUUGAGAGAGGAGGUUCCCUUCAGCCAAGAGCCCGCAGCCUGGAGGGUCUCAGGUCUGAUUCCAGCAAAGGCACGAGCCAGGGGUAAGGGCUUACCUGGGUGCUGUCAGUGGGAAAAAUAU